AUUGUCACAGAUCAUUUCCUGGUGAAACUGCAGAUGCACUGGGAAGCUGUAAGCACACCACAGAGCGUAACGCAGCUUAGUUAUGACAACAGAUUCAGGGAGAAUGGCUAACAGAACAAAACUAAUCAUUCCCCCAAAUGGUUUCAGUCUAACUGAGGCAGGCCAAAUAACCCAUGGUACUGUUAUCCAAACAGGAGGGGUGAUACAAUAUGCAGGACAGCAGCUUGGAACCACCAACCAACUUCAGCAAAACCCUCAAGUGGGUAGGUUUGAGAAAUUCAUCAAAGCAGAGACCAAGUCAUUGUUAGCCAUCCAGAUCAUAAUUGGAUUGAUACUCAUUGGAUCUGGGGGUGUCAUGACUAUUUUUCGUGGCUGGGAGACAGAUUACUUCCCUUUAACUGUCUUUGGAGGUUAUCCAUUCUGGGGUGGAAUAUUUUUCAUUGCUUCUGGAUCCCUUUCAGUGGUACUUGAGAAACAGCUGUUCACCCGCAUGGUGAAAUGCAGUAUGGGAAUGAACAUCACUGGUGCUGUAAUAGCAUUCAUUGGUAUGAUUCUAUAUUCAGUGGAGUGGCUUCUAAAUUCAGUCUAUAGUAGGCAGAAUGAUGAUUUGUCAAGGUCUGUAGGUACUGGUCUUGCUGCCCUGCUCCUCAUGUUUAGCUUUCUGGAGUUCUGCAUUGCUGCUUCAAUGGCACAUUAUCAGUUCCAAGCAGUCUGCUGCAACAGUGACAUGACCAUAGUUUGUGUACCCUAUGUUGUGAAUGGAGAAGGUGCAUUUUCCACAGAAGACGUCCUUCCUGAAACCAAUCCUGUUCCUCCAGUCUAUGGCAAUGUGGCUCUCCUUUCUUAAAAGUGACUUACUUGGGGGUGGGGAGGGGGUGGAGAGAAGUUACAGAGGAUGGCAUGACAGAAAUUUUAACAAUGGAACAGUCUCAGAAGUAAAACAUUCUCAGCAUCUUUCAAUUUUUGCAGAUAUAUCUUUCCUCCAAGGCUAUGCUUUGAACAGAUUAUUCAAUUAGUUUAACUGAUUUAAAGAAAGCAUAGAUUGAGCGGGUUACUGUUAGGGAAUUUGAGGAAGCCCCCUGUAUACCAGUUAAAAUCCAUUGAUCUAAAUUACUCAGUGCUUGUGAAUGAAUCCUUUCUGCACCCUUUCUGUUUAACAUUAUUGUUCCUACCUUUAACAAUAACAAUGCCAUUGCUUAAAUGGUGCCUCAGUUGUCAAUACUGGAAUUGUCUGAAAUAGGAAUUGCAUUUAGGUAAAACAUUCAUUUUAAUUGUAGUUAUUCUUCCCAACCAUAGCUAAAUGUUAUCCCAUCUUAACAUAUCCCUUUUAAUUUCAUUCCAAGUCUUAAUAUAAUUGUUUUGAAAUAACAUACAGUUCAUACUUGACAAAGUAAUACCCAAGUAUUUUACCUUUUUCUCAAUUUCAAACCCUGUUUUGUUCUCCAAUUUCAUAUGGUCCUGUAUUUUCAUAUUUUUAGUUAACACUUUAGUCUUCUGCCUGUUAACCUUGAAGCCAGUCACUGCACCAAAUUCUUUCAAUUUUGACAUUAAGGUUUCAAUUCCCUUUAGGGGAUCCUCCAUAACUAGCACCAAAUCAUCCACAAAGGCUCUUAACUUGUAAGUUUCCUGUUUCACCUUUGAACCUCGAACUCUCUCAUCUUGUCUUGUGCCCCUGUUCAGGACUUCAAGCAGUAGUAUAAAUAACAACAACAAUGUAAAGGCCUCAAAAAGCACAGCAAGCACUGCAAGUUAAUUUUCAUUACACACUAAAUUGUUUAUGUCCACAAUUUUUAGCUCUGGCCUUGGGAAGUUCUAUCCCAUGUUAUGUUAUGAAAUUGUUUGUGCCACGCAGAAUGUUUUUUAUUACAGUGACCUUUCUAAAUACGAAUCAUCAUGACCUGCCAAUCCAUCAUAUUGAAGAAAUCAUGUAACUUUGAUUUGAUUAUUUGAAGAACUGACUGUUUUUUUAUAGAACUGUAUGAGAUCCUCUGUACUGUGAACAAUAUUGUCUUGUAUUGCUGGAAAGGUAUAAAUGCAGAUGCUGACAACUUAUUGUUAAGAAUUCAGUUGUAAGAAUGUG